AAACACGAUGUUAGUGUUCCCCUUGGCCCAAAUUAGAGUCGGAGUUCGGCGUGUUGGAGGAUCGAUCUCUUCUGCCUCCGGUUUCCCUUGCUUGUCUCUACGAUUCCGCACAAGAAGAAGCUGCAGCUCCUCAUUCUCCACCACAUCAGCUAUGGCUGCAACUGAUUCGGCAACCAAUUCCAGUAAUCUGCGGCCUCCUGUGGCUAAGAAGGUGAAGCACGAAAUGGAAAUGUUCGGAGACGUUAGGGUUGAUAAUUACUACUGGCUUCGUGAUGAUUCUCGUUCCAAUCCGGAACUCCUUUCGUACCUUCAACAAGAGAACGCUUAUACUGAUUUCAUUAUGUCAGGGACCAAACAUUUGGAAGAUCAGAUUUAUGCUGAGUUAAGAGGCCGCAUUAAAGAGGAUGAUAUAUCUGCACCUAUACGCAAAGGGAAUUACUACUAUUAUGAGCGGACUUUGGAGGGGAAGGAGUACGUACAACAUUGUCGACGCCUUGUAGAAAAUGGUGGGGCUGUACCAUCUGUUCACGAUAUAAUGCCAACUGGAUCAGAAGCUCCUCCGGAGCAUGUGAUUUUGGAUGAAAAUGUGAAGGCUAAAGAACAUGCAUAUUACAGCAUUGGUGCUUUUCAAGUUAGUCCAAAUCACAAAUUGGUAGCAUAUGCAGAAGACACUAAAGGAGAUGAGAUCUAUACCAUCCAUGUCAUGGAUGCUGAGACUUGCAGACCGGUGGGUGAGCCCUUGGUUGGUGUAACGUGUUAUCUUGAAUGGGCAGGCGAUGAGGCUUUGCUAUAUGUCACCAUGGAUGCGAUUCUCAGGCCAGACAAGGUGUGGUUCCAUAAGUUGGGUACAAAUCAAUCAGCAGAUGCAUGUCUUUAUCAUGAAAAGGAUGAUAUAUUUUCUCUAGAUCUUGAAGCUUCUGACAGCAAAAAAUAUCUGUUUGUUGGAUCAGAAAGUAAAACUACCAGGUCUAUGUUCUAUUUUGAUAUCUCAAAGCCUGAGAACGGUCUUGUGGUUUUGACACCUCGGUCAGAGGGCAUUGAUACAUCAGUCAGCCAUCGUGGCAAUCAUUUUUUCAUUAAAAGGAGAAGUGAUGAGGCUUUCAACUCAGAACUGCUAGCCUGUCCGCUGGACAAUGUAAAGGCAACUACAAUUCUUCUUCCUCACAGAGAAAGCAUAAAAAUACAGGAUGUAAAGCUUUUUAGUGACCACCUUGUAGUUUAUGAGCGUGAAAAGGGCCUACCUCGGGUAACUUAUUACUCUCUUCCCGCUGUUAGCGAACCACUUGAAAGUCUCCAAGGUGGUCGAGCUGUUGAUUUUAUUGAUCCUGUUUAUUCAGUGGAUCCAGCAGAGUCACAAUUUUCCUCAAGUUUAUUGCGGUUUUGUUAUAGCUCUCUGAGAACGCCCCCUUCUACAUAUGAUUAUGACAUGAAUACAGGAGUUUCAGUUCUGAAGAAAAUCGAAACGGUAUUGGGUGGUUUUGAUGCCUCAAACUAUGUAACCAAAAGGGAGUGGGCAAUUGCUCAAGAUGGCACUCAUGUUCCUAUAUCAAUUGUCUAUAGAAAGGAUCUGGUCAAGCUUGAUGGGUCGGAUCCACUGUUGCUUUAUGGUUAUGGAUCGUAUGAGAUAUGCCUGGAUCCUAGUUUCAAAGCAUCAAGGUUGUCUUUGUUGGACCGUGGUUUUAUAUAUGCAAUUUCCCACAUUCGUGGUGGAGGAGAAAUGGGGAGGAAGUGGUAUGAAAAUGGGAAAUAUCUCCAGAAAAAGAAUACUUUCACAGAUUUUAUUGACUGUGCCGAGUAUCUGAUAGAGAAGAAAUAUUGUACGAAAGAAAAACUUUGCAUCAACGGAAGAAGUGCCGGGGGAUUGCUUAUUGGUGCUGUUCUAAACAUGCGUCCUGAUUUAUUUAAGGUUGCCGUUGCUGGAGUACCAUUUGUAGAUGUUGUGACUACAAUGCUCGAUCCAACAAUUCCUCUAACAACAGCAGAAUGGGAGGAAUGGGGUGAUCCUCGGAAGGAAGAGUUCUACUUUUACAUGAAAUCAUAUUCACCAGUUGACAACGUGAAGGCUCAGAAUUAUCCAGCCAUACUUGUUACUGCUGGAUUAAAUGAUCCACGUGUACUUUAUUCUGAACCUGCUAAGUUUGUUGCGAAGUUGAGAGAGAUGAAAACAGAUGAUAAUAUAUUGUUGUUUAAAUGUGAGAUGGGAGCAGGGCACUUCUCAAAGUCGGGAAGGUUUGAGAAGCUUCAAGAGGAUGCAUUUACCUACACUUUCAUUUUGAAGAUUCUGAACAUGGUCCCUGCUCUUGCUUAAAACCAUGUUGCAUCAAGUUUGUUGGUCCUAUUCAACUGGGCUGUUGGAUAAUUGGGCAAAAUGGCUUGAAUUACAGUUGGAAGCUUCUUCAAGAUCUCGAUGAUACUAAAACGAUAAGGAAAGCCGUGAUGCACGAAGGUCCUCCUCGCUUUUUGAGGUAAGGGAGAUUGUAUUAUGCAAAAAAGCUUUUUUCGUAACUUGUGACCUACUAAUCGCAAAUUAUCUUGAAUUCUUUAUGUUUUGGUGAUCAUUCAUUUCUAAAACCGAUCAUUAUUGAUCUAUGCGAAAACAAUAGAAAUCUCU